AUGAUUGAUUGGUGUAGAGUACCUAAUGAAAAUUCUUUGGUCUAUGCAACCGGUUGGUGUUCCCACGCCGCUAGAGGCCUAAUUGCUGAUAGUCAACAACAGGCAUAUUCUGUAGCUGACCAAAUCUAUGAAGAUUUAAAUAAAAUAAAUUCUACAAAAAAUUCUGUCAAAAAAAUGUCUGCUAGAACCCAAAUUCAACAGAAACUCUGCUCUAGAGGAGUAGAAUUUAUUAAUUGGUAA